AUGUCAAAUCCAGCUGGUUCGCUUGACUUUUCUAUGCUGUGGGAACUCAGUGGCGUUGUGGUGGUCGUGGAAGACGACAGAUUUUACGUUCAUCGCUGUAUUCUGGGUAUGUGGUCCGAAGUAUUCUCCACAAUGUUUACCUCACAGUUCAAAGAGAAAACAGCCGAAGAAGUUCCACUUCCGGGAGAGAAAUCAGCUGAAAUCAAGGAAAUGCUGCUGGUGAUUUAUCCAACGUCUGCAAAACCGAUCGGUGAAAGCAACUACACAUUCCUACUCGACCUUGCUAAAGAAUACAUGAUGGCUAAGAUCACUGAGAAAUGUGAAAGUUACCUCGUUGGUCGUUUGGGUUCUGCCGAGAGUUGCAUUGGUGCAUGUGUGUGUGGAAAUUGGCGUCAGUAUGUGAAGAAGGGAAAUUGUUUAUGGCUUUUAGUCAUUGCCCAAACCUAUGGACUGGAUAGGUUGGAAAUGGCAUGCAUCAAGAGAACAAAGCGUAUCAAAUUCGCGGAGUUUAAGAAAGACAAAAACUUCGACAAAAUCAGUGCUGCUAACUAUCGGAAGAUUGUUGAGGGUAUGUUACAAUAACGUAUAGAAUGUUAAACCCACUUGAAGACCUCAGCCGAAUCAAAGAAGCUUGAACAUAACGUUUCCUGAUACUCGCAUUGUCUGGUAGUAAGACAACUCCAGUCUAUUUCAUGGGCCUUCAUUAACAACAUAUGAGAGCAACAGAUCGUGCUUUGAUCGAGACUGAGGUCAUACCUUUGUCGCGCAUGCGUUUCGAGGAGACUGGGAAAAUAAUGGAAGAGCCGACCCGUCGAAGAGUCGAUUGCCCCCGUUUCCCCAUUUGCUUAAAGUACAUUCGCCUUGAAAAAAGGGUUAAAUUCAGCUAGAAUAUGAGGAUGAAAGAAGACUUGAGUUAGGAAAGUUUACGGCGACUUGUGUGAGGUAAGUCCGACUCGAUGCUUAGUUUAGGACAGAGAGAAAUGAAAUUCGUCAGUCUAAAACAAGGACUGCAGACAGCAGAUUGCAUACAGGGUAUAAGACAACGCAAUUUUUGCGAGCCUUCUUAGAUCGUGCACGGAGUAAGGUUUUGUUCUAAAGGUAUUAUCACUAAUGCCCCUCUCUUCCCGCUUAAAUGGGUCAUUUAUCUUACUUAAAAUCUUGCUUUCACAGUGCUUAAAUGGUGCCAUUAUCGUGCAUAAAUGGUGCCUCAAGGCCAAAGGCACGAUGCACGAAAUGACAGAGAACGAUAAUCGAGCCUCAAUGCACGAUAUUAUGUAUCGUGCAUUGUCAAUAUUUCGCCCCAUGUAAGGGAAUAUAAGACAGUUCUGGAUUCCGGAUUCCACGCUGUGGAUUCCGGAUUCCAAUUACCGGAUUCCAGACCUUUUUUAAGUAGAACUUGGAUUCCGGAUUCCAAUUGUUAGUGGGAUUCCGGAUUUCUACAUCUGUAUUCCGGAUUCCAAGGCCCAAGAUUCCGGAUUCCACCAGCAAAAAGUUCCAAGAUUCCGGAUUCCACAUGGGAAAAUUUCCCGGAUAAAGGAACCCGGAUUCCCUUACAUGUGGCGAAAUUUUGUGCUUCAAAAAUUACGUUCUAACGCUAAAGAGUUGUUGUUUGUUCAAUAACGAUGAAAUUUCACCAGUCAAUCUUAACCUCAGAGGAAACUCUAGAACAUGUGCAUCUCUAAAAGCUCUGUGUAUUACGGUGAAUGCAGUUUUAUUGUAGAGGUAAGUGAGAUCGAAACUUUAUGAUUUUCAGUGAAAAGGAGGGAAAAAUGGCGUCUUUCAUCUACACUACAUUUCGUUGACAACGAAUGAUUUAUUUCUUCACAUCAAAGCUUUAUCCGGAAAUUAUAUACUCGCUGUAACGUACAUUGAUUGCACAACAACCGUGCAGAAAAUCAAGCUUUUCCAUGUACGCGUUAUAGCGGAAGUGUAACAGUAAAUGUAGCGUUAGUAAUCUCAUACCUACUUUCUCACUGGAUUACAUUUCGUCACUGAUCAGUGCAGAUGAAGCCAAUAAACCUGGGUUUCUCAAUAACCACCCAUAUCCACUGCGGCAGCACUCAUGUUUAUACCGAGGAUUUCUUAUAUCAUUGAAGUUUACUAGGAUAUGAUUUGGUGUGGCUGCUACCUUUUAGCCUCAUGCCUUGAAAGGUUAAACCUACCGCAAGUUAAGCUCCCUCCAGUGUUAUAGCGCUCCGGAUCAUCACAAGGUAUUACCUCACAAGGUAAUAAUAACGAAUCAGAUACCUCUCUAUGUCUUUACCGCUGCACUCAUUACAGCCCUUCUGAGAUAAUUUGCAUAUUUACGACUCCGACCGGAAUGUAGAAAAAGAAGAGAUAGAAUCAACCAAUAACAGUCCCUGUUUAAGUUGAGUGAAAGUCUAGGAAUGUAACAACAUUGUUUAUGUUUCCACCAUAUAGCAGCAAGAAUGUAAUGCGCCAAAUUCAAUCAGGAUAAAAAUUAAACGCACUAAAGAAUGACACUAACGUUUGUCUUUAUCAACUAUUGUUUGUUUCAGUUGACAGAGGCCAUUUGCGCAAGGCCGGAUAGAAUAUAUUUCCCAAGGACUUCCACCGUAAAUACAGCUGUAAAGGUAUAAACAGCCGAAUCGCUUCUGUCUGCAAUUCGUAUCUUUAUUAAUUCCUUCACAUUUUCAACUGGAACUGAGCGCUACAACUCAAAAUCGCUUUACUUUUGUCAUGUUAGUCCCGGCGCACGGAUCAUGGGAAAGCUUCAAAAUCCCAAAGGCGCAAGGGAAGGGUCAACGUGAAAAGCUUCCCAUGUCCCCUUGGGCUGUGACUACACUAUUCCAAGUAGGGCCUAGGUACAAGGCGGGUCUAAAGAAAAGAUGUUAAAAGAUGUUAAAAAGUGCUGACUCAAAGAUGUUAAAAAGUGCUGAUCUAAAGAUGUGCUGACCUAAAGAUUUUAAAAAGUGUUGACCUAAAGAUGUUAAAAAGUGCUGACCUAAAGAUGUUAAAAAGUGCUGGCCUAAAGAUGUUAAAAAGUGCUGACCUAAAGUCGUUAAAAAGUCCUGACAUAAAGCAAAUAUCACUUCCAUGUUUGCCUCCACGGUACUGUUUACAGAAUGUCAAAUCCAGCUGUUUCACUGGACUUUUCCCAGCCAUGGGAACACAGCGAUGUUGUGUUGGUUGUGGAAGAAGACAGAUUUCAUGUUCAUCGCUGUAUUCUGGGGAUGUUGUCCGAAGUAUUCUCCACGAUGUUUACUGCGCAAUUCAAAGAGAAAACAGCCGAAGAAGUUCCUCUUCCGGGAAAAAAAUCAGCUGAAAUCAAGGGAAAAUGUUGCUGGUGA